UGCAACCCCAGAAGAAGAAGAAAUCACGGAAGUACGGCUUCCAAGCCUUGUUGAAAGAAUAAUAUAUAGUAGUCCACAUUAUUCAAAUUAAGUCGAACUGUAUCUCGGAAUAGAUAUUACACUAUAAGACGAUGGGCACUAGAGAUGACGAGUACGAUUAUUUGUUCAAAGUGGUCUUGAUUGGUGAUUCGGGUGUGGGAAAGAGUAACCUGCUGUCCCGUUUCACCCGAAAUGAGUUCAACCUGGAGAGUAAAAGCACCAUCGGGGUGGAGUUCGCCACGCGCAGCAUUCAGGUGGAUGGAAAGACAGUGAAGGCACAGAUCUGGGACACAGCUGGCCAGGAGCGCUACCGUGCCAUCACGUCUGCGUACUACCGCGGGGCGGUCGGGGCUCUUCUGGUCUAUGACAUCGCUAAGCACCUGACCUAUGAGAAUGUGGAGCGCUGGCUGAAGGAGCUGAGAGACCACGCCGACAGCAACAUCGUCAUCAUGCUUGUAGGCAACAAGAGUGACCUGCGCCACCUCCGGGCUGUGCCCACUGAUGAGGCCCGGGCAUUUGCUGAGAAGAAUGGUUUAUCUUUCCUCGAGACAUCGGCCCUGGAUUCAACCAACGUUGAGACAGCCUUCCAGACCAUUCUUACAGAGAUCUACCGCAUUGUGUCCCAGAAGCAGAUGUCAGAGCGCCAGGAGAGCGACAUGUCACCCAGCAACAACGUGGUCAACAUUCAGGUAUAUAUGAAUUUAAAGCACAUCAAAGUUGCUCUGAAGUGUAUUCUAUGUACGAGCUUCUCCCCUCCUGUCAUUUUUAGGCUAGCCCCUCCCCCCUCCUCUUUAGUGCAAUGUACUGUUUGGAAACCAAUUGGAUGUAUCGAGCACAGUGUAGACAUGCGUGCUCCGUUGCGGUAGUGUAAAACGAUUGAUCUGAUUGCUGUGAAUAUAAUGCUAGUGAAACCUAGAACCUUUUGCAUUAGCCGAGCUUCAAGUUGCGCCGUGGGAGGGCCAGAUGUAAACUAGCAUGUAGCAAGCAGCUUUGUAAGCGCUGUCACUUUGUUUACAGUAGGUGACAAGUUCAGGCCAGCUUUGCAUGUUUUUUUUUUUUGUUUGUUUGUUUUUCUUUUGUUUUUGUUUUUUUGUUUUUUUAAAGAUGGCACUCUGCUGUGUUGCAUGUUUUUAUCGGGUGAAAGACUCAAUCUGGACUGAAUAUGGAACACUAUCAUUGCCUUGAGAGUGUGUAAUUUUAGGCUGUCACCACACCAAUGAAAACUGAACUCCUGUACGUUUGAACUUUGUCCCACUUCCAUCCUCAGCACAGCUUCACAUAGGGAUGCUGUCCUUUAGUGCUGUUUGUGCUAGGAAGGACUUUUUAAUCGAAGACACUAUGGUCCAUUGUGCUUUUCUGGACCAACAUUAGGCAGACGGUAUGCAUACGUUUUUGAUUUAUAGCAAACAACAUAUAAUUUGACUAUGACUAUGCAGAAAAUAGCAAACAGCUGUUUGGAUUUUUUGGGGGUGAACCUCAAUAGCAAAUGAAGGAUUUAAGGUGCAGAAGUAUGAGUAACUGGGGUAGUAUUCCAGCACGACAUUCCUAUGUAUUAUGUAUUACAUUCUUCUAUAUUACAAUCAAGAAUCUCCUUGAGUUAAGCAAUCAAGCUUUGCACAGAACCACAAAACUAGAGUUGGGACUGCACCUGGGAAAGUAAGCAAAUGGAAAAUGUCUUUCCGUUUCAUUCACUAGUUUGAUUUUCACAAGCCUGAAUUUCUCAAAAUCCUGCACUGAAUCUUAAAGGAUUUCUAUUAAACACAUGCUCUCAUCUAGGAUUAGAUUUCAUCUGCACAUGGAGAAACUGGACCUUUUUUUGUUAGAUUUGAUGCAUCAUUAGUAUAACAUUAACAGUGCCACUGUUCAAAACCAAAAGAGCUUUUGUUGAACGCUGUAGAAUGCAGCACUUGUUAGUGUCCCUCAGGUUGGAGGACAGUCGUCCACAGCACUCUCUUUCCUCCCUCCUGGCUCUGCCAGGCUGAGGCUCACACAUCCCUCUUUGAAUCCUCACUACUCUCCACUGACAAACUCAGAAGACUGUGGUUGGUGUCAGGUUCCUCUUGUCUUGGCUCCUCCAGCUGAGCUGUGAAGGGAGGACACAACAAGUCAAGGAAGUAUUUGAAUGAUUCCACCACAGACAGUCUUGCUCGCUUCUCUUCACAGUGCCUACUCCACCACGCAUCCUGGUCCUAAACCUUCACUCACCAACCUGCUAACAACAUGCCCUUUUACUCGCCUUCUCCUAAACUGUCUAACCAACAACCUAGCACUUGUCUGUCCCAUGGGGCCGUGAGAAGACAGGGAGCUAUGUUGUGCUGUGGCACGAUCACAUAAAGCCUAUGUACACCGAGCUGCCUCUGACUUCAACACAAUGCAUGGCUUUUUGUACAGCUCCACCUCCAUGUCAUAAUGCCUUAUGUAGCUAACAUUGUCAUUACUGUUCAUGCAAUCUUCUGAGGGUUAGGGUUAGGCUUAGCUAGCUAGGAUGACAUGCUAACAAUUGUCUUACAAGGUAAUAGUAAUUGUGACCUGUCCUGAUGUUGAACUUUGACAGAAGCCUCGCUAAUAACCUACUUGCUACUCAAGAGUGUGUGUUCUGUUGAAUUUCCAGGUUAUAGCUGUAUCAGUGUGUGAUGGUGUUAGGCGGACAUAUACAAUGCCUGAUCUCGGUGUGUGUGUGUGCGUGUUUAGAGGCAGAGGUUAGAUGGGUGGCUCUGGAGUGUGUGAGCCCGGCUGGCAAUGCCAAUGGCGUCUCUUUGAACAGAAGGCACUGCCAGCCUGGCCUCUCCAGACACACUAGCUAGCAGUCUGUGGAUGUGUAGAGAAGUGAUUCCUUUCUUCUGAUAAAUGAGUUAUGAUCCUUUCUCAUAUACCUCCAUUAUUUUUUAUUUUGUCUUAUUUUUUUUUAAGAAGUGUGUUUUAGUUUUUUUUUCAUUUUCUUCUUUUUGAACUAUAUUGAAAUACGCUAUCACUAUAACUGACUGUAAUUCCAGUGUAAACGUGUAAGAGUGAAAAGAUGUCAUUUCAAUGAAUUUGGAGGGAUAAAUGUGAGGGGGGAGUCAAAAUGAACGGUUUUAUGUUUUGUACAGAUUGAUAAAUUGUACAAUUGUGUCUAUAUCUUAAGUUAUCAGUUCAUCUUAAUAAAGCGCACCAGUCAUAAACCUUU